CGGGCGCGGCGGUCGGCGGCAGCGGCGGCGGUGGCGGCAGGAUGACGGCGAACGGGACGGCGGAGCCGGUGCAGAUCCAGUUCGGGCUCAUCAACUGCAGCAACAAGUACCUGACGGCGGAGGCCUUCGGCUUCAAGGUGAACGCCUCGGCCGCCAGCAUGAAGAAGAAGCAGAUCUGGACGCUGGAGCAGGACGGGGAGGACUCCAGCGCCGUGCUGCUCAAGAGCCACCUGGGCCGCUACCUGGCAGCCGACAAGGACGGCCGGGUGAGCUGCGACAGCGAGGAGCCGGGUCCCGACUGUCGCUUUUUGGUGGUGGCUCACGGCGACGGGCGCUGGUCGCUCCAGUCCGAGCCCCACCGCCGCUUCUUCGGCGGCACCGAGGACCGGCUCUCCUGCUUCGCCCCCGCCGUCUCGGCCACCGAGAAAUGGAGCGUCCACCUGGCCAUGCACCCCCAGGCCAACCUCUACAGCCUGGCCCGCAAGCGCUACGCCCACCUGGGGCCUCGCCGCGACGAGCUGGCCGUGGACCGCGACGUGCCGUGGGGCGUGGAUGCCCUCAUCACCCUGCUCUUCGUGGAGCAGCGCUACAGCCUGCAGAGCUGCGACCACCGCCUGCUGCGCUGCGACGGCCGCCUGGUCCCCGCCGCCGAGCCCGGCACCGCCUUCACCCUCGAGUUCCGCUGCGGGAAGGUGGCCUUUCGCGACGGGGAGGGUCGCUACCUCGCCCCCUCGGGCCCCAGCGGCACCCUCAAGGCGGGCAAGAGCGCCAAGGUGGGCAAGGACGAGCUCUUCGCCCUCGAGCAGAGCUGCCCGCAGGUCGUGCUCCGAGCCGGCAACGACAGGAAUGUCUCUACCCGGCAAGGGAUGGACCUCUCAGCCAAUCAAGAUGAGGAGGGUGACCAGGAGACCUACCAGCUGGAGAUCAACAAGGACACCAAGAAAUGCGCCUUCAGGACCUAUACUGGGAAGUACUGGACGCUCACCUCAAAUGGGGGCAUCCAGUCCACCGCCUCCACAAAGAACGCGAGCUGCUAUUUUGACAUCGAGUGGUGUGACAAGCGCAUCACCCUGAAAGCUGCCAACGGCAAGUACGUGACGGCAAAGAAGAACGGGCAGCUGGCGGCCUCCAUGGAGACAGCGGGUGAGACGGAGCAUUUUGUGAUGAAGCUGAUCAACAGGCCCAUCAUCGUCCUCCGUGGCGAGCACGGCUUCAUCGGGUGCCGGAAGGUGACUGGCACCCUGGACUCCAACCGAUCCUCCUACGAUGUCUUCCAGCUGGAGUUCAAUGACGGAGCCUACAACAUCAAGGAUGCCACUGGGAAGUACUGGAUGGUGGGGAGUGAGUCGUCCGUCACCAGCAGCAGCGACACCCCCGUGGACUUCUUUUUUGAGUUCUGCGACUAUAACAAAGUGGCCAUCAAAAUCAAUGGCAAAUACCUGAAGGGUGACCAUGCUGGGGUCCUCAAGGCAUCCGCCGACGCCAUUGACGCCUCCACCCUCUGGGAAUAUUAAUGCACUUUAGCAUACCUCCCAUUGCCAACUUCUCUUUUCCCUCCUCCGUCCUUUUUUCUUUUGGGUUUUGUUUCUCCUCUCUGUAAAAGGAUUUUCAGACUGGCUUGCCCUUUCCUCCUGCCAUAGAGUUGGUGCGUUAUGUGGGAGGUGGGUCUCCAUAAAUCCCUGUAAGAACUGGAAAAGUGAUGGGGCAGCCUGCCUAUAGCUCUGUAGAGGGGUCUGUCUCUAUCCUCCUCCCCCCUUGCCUCCCUCCAGGUUUGCUGGGCUUGGAAACUGCUGACCCCCAUCCCAGCCCUGAGCAUCACCUUAGGUAGUUCAGUUUCCACUCCUCGACUGAAAAAAAGGGAAUAAGAUCACCUCCAUGCUUGCUUCCACCAUAUCAGCGCUGGCGCCGCCCAAAUCUGUCCUGCCAGUGUCCCCCAGCACACCUGUGCCAUCCUGACCUGCUCCAAGCAGGGGCAGAGCGAUGGUGCUGGGCUCAGCCAGCUCCUCCUGGCUCUCCCUGGCAGCUUCUCUCCGCUCCUGGCUUUCGGGGCAGGAUUCAUCCCUGGCAGAGCCGCUGAGGUGACCUUAUAUAUCACAGCAGCCCUGGGGCUGGUGUGUGCCGGCAUGGGUCCCCAUGGAAGGGCCACCAAGCCGACCCCCCCAACCCCUGCACCUGGAAACGAUUUUUUUAGGGUGAUCCCGUCUGGAAAGCCUCAGUCUUUCAUCUCAUGGAGCCCCACACGCCUUGUGUCCCUCUGCCCCUCCUUGUGCUUCUGGCUGUGGAGGAGCAUCAUAGACCUCGGCUGUGGGGCCGGCCGGGCGGGUGGCUGCCUGAGCUGGUCCUGCUGCUGUGCCUGGGAGGGGAUGGCGUGGGGGGGAUGCAGAGCUCGUGCCGGGUGGGGGCUUCACCCAGCCCACCUCCAGCGCUGGCAGGCUUUGGUCCCCGCAGGAGCCCAGCUGGCCGAUGCAACCUGCCCUGGGCGGUGGCUGGAAGCAUAAACUGCAGAUUUUGGUUUACAGAAUAGAAAAGUUCCUUAGCAAACUUUGCACAGUGAUAUUUGCUCAGUAGCUUUGUUGGUGUGUUUUUUUUUUUUUCCUUCUCUUUUUUUUUUUUCUUUUUCUUUUCUCUCUCUCUCAUAAAAUACUGGAACAGUGAGGCAAAUCACUGAACACCUAAUGCUGAAUUAGGAAGUGCCCGUUCCUGUGGGCUGCCCUGAGGAGGGCAGCUCCUCAUCUCGCCGCCCCUGGGGCACCUGGGCUCGGCUCUCAUGCCAUUGCAACCCUACUGGAAACAUUAAAAAAAAAAAAGGAAAAAAAAAAAAAGAAAAAAAAAAAGACCAAAACAGUAUUUUUGUUAGUCUCUAUUUAUAUAUGCUCUCCAUGGCACUGUGUUACCAGCUGUUGUCUGUACUAGGUCUGCAUUAGAGUAUAACGCUGUUUGUAACAGGUGAUGCUGACGUGUUCGUUAGGGUGUUGAAAGGCACUUUAUCCUUUGGGGCCUUCCUGGGGCUGGGAUUCACUCCCUGCAAACACACCAAGGAGCCUUUUCCCUUUGGGCCCCCACUGGGGAGGGAGCGCUGGUGCCCACCCCACACCAAGGGUGCUCGCAGCAUCGCUGCGGUGCCAAACCAGGGCCGGUCCCUGUCGCCGCAGGCAAGGUAGGGGCUCAUCAGCCUUAAAGCCAUGUGGAGGGGCAGCCCUCCAUAGGAGCUUGGUGCUAACCUCUCAGCUGGGACAGCAAGCGACCCGUCCCCUGCCAGGGGGACACCUCUGGGCCAGGCUCCCUGGCUGGCGCAGGGGAUCCUGGCUGGGACUCUACCUCGGCUCUGCGCUCACAUCCAGGGGCUGUGGUGCCCACCCGCCCGGGGACCGCGCUGCCCCUCGAAGGACAGAGUGUCUUGAUGAAGCCCUGAGUGACCCUGUGACUUGGCACACACUUUUUGCUGGCCUUCACCCCCUCACCGUGUUGCCUCUGCCCUGUCCCCCGUCGCAGUUGGAACCAUGUAACUCCUGCUCCAGCUUCUCCCAUGUGACACUAGGUCAUCAUCUCUCCUGUCUCCUUAUCGGGUGUCGUGACUCUCUGAAAACAUCUCACUCUGAAAAUUUUAAGUUUUGGGUUUGUUUGGGUUUUUUUUUUUUAUUAUUAUUUUUUUGUAAGUGCCAUUUGUAUAACUUAA